UCAGCGGGUGGAGAGGGAAGCUGUGAUUUCCACUCCCGCUGCCCGUGUGCGUCCCGACGGGUGCUGAGCACGGACAGCUCAUCACAGGAUGGCCGAUUCAGACACCUACUUGCGGCAGCCCUGGCGCACCGUGCACGGCAUCCCCAUGGUCAAUGCCUUUUCCCACAACUGGGAACGGAUUGACACCUUCCAGAGCCGCCCUGAGGACAUUGUGGUGGUCACCUACCCCAAAUCUGGCACCACCUGGGUCAGUGAGAUCAUGGACAUGGUCCUGAAAGGCGGUGACCCGGAAAAGUGCAAGCAGGAUCACAUUGUGAACCGGGUGCCCAUGAUGGAGUUUGCUGCCCCUGGGAAGUUACCGGCAGGCACAGAGCAGCUGGAGGCCAUGCAAUCCCCUCGCAUCAUCAAGACCCACAUCCCAGCUCAUAUCUUGCCCAAAUCCUUCUGGGAAAACCACUGCAAGAUGGUCUAUGUGGGACGCAAUGCCAAGGACGUGGCUGUCUCCUACUACCACUUUGAUUUGAUGAACAAGUUCCACCCACACCCCGGGACAUGGGCCGAGUACCUGGAGGAGUUCAUGGCUGGCAGAGUGGCAUAUGGUUCCUGGUACGACCACGUCAAGGGCUACUGGGAGCGCAGGAGGGAUCACCCCAUCCUCUACCUCUUCUACGAGGACUUGAAGGAGGACCUCCGCCGGGAGGUUGCCAAGGUGGCCCAGUUCCUGGGGCAGAAGCUGUCAGAUGCGGCGCUGGACACCAUCACCCGACACACGUCCUUCGAGGCCAUGAGGGACAACCCUGCCACCAACUACACCAAUAUUCCCUCUGACCUCAUGGACCAGAGCGUGUCGCCCUUCAUGCGCAAAGGCACCACCGGGGACUGGAAGAACCACUUCACCGUGGCCCAGAACGAGCGCUUUGAGCAGGACUAUGCGCAGAAGAUGUCAGGCACCGACCUGUGCUUCCGCACUCAGAUCUGAGGGGACGCCGCCGGACGCCCCCCAGAUCUGCCCUGUGCUGCGGUGGCACUGCUGCCGUUCCUUCCCUCCCCUGGAAGUGCUGGAGAGAAAUAAAAUGUGCUCCCUGA